UUUUAUGCCAGAAUUCAAAUAAAGAAAGAGAAAACGCGUAAAGCUCAAAAAUAGAAGUUGUAAAAACUUUUUAUUUUUUCUGUCUUUCUUUUUCUGUUUAUUUAUUCCUUCAUUUCUCGUUUUUUUGUUUUGUCUUUUUGUAAUUCUUGUUUUUCUAUUAAAGUCACUUUCUUCUAUUAUAAUUAAUUCAAUUUCAACUGUUCAUUAUGUUGCUUCAUUUUGGUUUGAGUGCCCUGCUGUUUACAGGAACGACUCUUGCUUCUAUGCCAUACAAUAACACAGGCAAUAGUAAUUCUGAUCCCGACAACAAUAAACCAAUUUUUCAGUACUGGGAAGAGGAAUUGAGUUUAUUUCCUACUGGUGACCCUAAUGUUCAAGCGUUCGCCCAUUGCGAUUUACUGGUUCCUUUUUACGACAAUAUAUCUGGGAUGACUGUUGCUAAUGCGAGAUUGCAACAAAAGGAAUGUUCAAACGGAACCGCCCAUAUCCUUCUUGUUGGACAUGAAGAUUUAUUCCAAGCGUAUAAGCACGCCAUAGAUGGUAAUGAGGAUUAUAGAUAUUUUAAGAAUUUCACUUCAAAACCUGAUGAAGAUUUAUUUGAUUUUCAUUUCAAUUUUACGGACGGCAUAAAUUCAGCAUACUACAUGAGGAGUGUAAACAAACCGGGCACAUACUGCUUUCUUGGAUUACAAGAGGUUGAACCAACUGAAAAUGGAGGAAUGCCUGAACCUAUAAUGUAUCCCCGUUACCAGUCUGCUUUAUACAAAGAUAGAAAACCAGAGCAUCGUAUUUUUUUCUUUUUGUCAGUGUUUUCUAGUCUUAUAAGUUUGGUUUGGUUAAUUAGGUGGCUUCGUAACUAUAAAAAGAACACUUUUACCCAGAUUCUUUUAUUUGUUUGGUACGCUGCAUUUUUAUUGAACCAUCCUAUAAAACGAACCUUCUUCUCCAACGGGAACAUUGGUGUUCCAGGAAAACUAUUUUCCUUUAUAUUUCCCGCAUUCUCUUAUUUGUUUGGUGACGGCGUCGAACGCCCUUUAUUUAAUUCAUUAAUAUUGGCUCUUUCACUCGGUUUGGGUUAUUAUCGACGUAGUUCCAAAAAGCUGGUGUUUUUGAUCAUUCUACUAGGUUUUGUUCAAUCGCUCUUUAUUGUAAUAGCACCUAUGAUUUUUCCUAUUUUACUUUUGACCGAGUCUCCUAAAGCGAAGCCUUUACAAUUGACAUGGAUGCUAUUUAAUUAUGGCUAUCUUCCCUCAAUUUUAGUAAUCAGAGUCUUUCACGUUUGCAGAAUGCGCCUCAAAUUAGGACACGAUUUUGAUGAUAAAUACAUCAAAUCUAAGAAAUUCCUUCCUCUUCUUUUGCUCGCAAUCCUUGUGAGUGUGAUACUCCACGUACAAAGCGCACCAACUUUUAAUGUAAAAUCCGAAGUCAUAAAAACUUGUGUUGGUGUUAUGUACUUCUAUCUUUUUGCCUUUACCUUAAAUGCAUAUAAUAGCAGAGUGUUGAAAGAUGAUAAAGCAGAAAUCUCAGAAAAAUUGCAAAAGCCUUUGCCAUUGUACAAAGACGAUUCUGAGAUGGAGUUGCCUGCUGACGAGAAGCUUCAAAGGUUUCCAACUGCUUAGACUAAGUAUGUAUAGCUUAUACUAAUUCCUUUUUUUUUUAAAAAAAAAAAAAAAUAAGUGUUCAUGCUAUUAUAACAUUUAUUUCUCUCAAAAAUC